AUGACCUGCGAGCUGCGCGUACCGGUCGGCUGGACAGAGCGAGAAGAUCAUAACUUGCGUAAUGCAGCUUCCCAGCAGAACGAACAAAGACUGUCGAAAGGGACAGGCAGUUACCAAGUUUGGAAUGAGGUGGGCGGCUGUAGCUUCAGUGAUGCAGAGCCGACAUGCAGAUCAAUGCUCGAAGAGAUGGUACCACUAUCUCGAUCCGUCUCUCUGGACCACAGUGCCUGGAUCGAUCUAGACAACGUGCAACUCAUCGACGCCGUGGGCCGACAUGGUCGAAAGUGGCAUGUGAUUCUGGAACGACGGGCGAGGCAGGCACUCGAAGGUGGUUCAACGCCCUCACACCCCACGGAUCUCCCGGACCAGCCAACACAAUCUAGAGUCAGUUAUUGCUCCGGGACAGGGACGCCCAACACACCAGGGGUGUUCAACCUCCCGUCAACUCCUGACCCUGAACUUGCCGUCCAGGCAUGGACAGUCGACGGCAGCCGAGACGUUGUCAUGGGCAAUGAGUACUUGGUCACGACUCCAGACACCUUGAUCAUCGACGAAGGGCACAGACACCAUCCUUCUCCAGGCAAUCCGAUCCAGCCUCCAUGGACAGGUUGGUCACUGGUUUUUGGAGCUAUGGGGACUGAGUACCCACGCACCAGCAGUACCAUGUUUCUAGAGCAGCUGGAGUCUGAAGUCAUCAACAGAUUGAUCUCGGUGCUUGUUGAAUCCAAUGCUUCAGCCAAGAUGAGGUUAUUCUAG